AUGGCAAAAGUUCUCAACACAAUUCUCAUCCUUGUAUACUUUUCUGUGGCUCUGUUAGCCACGGUAGCUGAAAUGAAGAGAGACAUCUGGUAUAAUGAAGAAGAGAUCUUGUCUAAAGACGAAAUCCAGGAGGAGGAAUUUUUCAGAAAGGGUUUGGGGUGGGGCAGAAGAGGCAUAGAUAGACAUAGGGGAUUCAUCAGAGGAAAGAGCAAGAUAACUCCAUGGCCGAGAAGCAAGAGCUGGACUAAGGGAUUUCCAUACGUGAGGCCUAGACAUGGCGUAUUUCGAAGAUGGCCGGGUGGAAGAAGAGCUAGCCGGGAACCUGAAGUGGGAGGAAUUCCAGAACCUGAUGUAGGAAAUGAGCCUGUACCUGAUGUGGGACCAAAUCCAGAGCCGAAGCCUGAAAAUGGACCGGCACCAAGACCCGAAGAAGUAAUCAAGCCGGGACCAGGGCCUGAAGCAGCAAUCCAGCCGGUACCUUCACCGGAACCCAAUCCGGUACCUCAGCUUGGACAUGGAAAUGAACCUGCUGCACCUGUACCUGUACCUGUACCUGUACCAGUAGUGGAAACAAAUCCAGGGCCUGGAGAAGGAAAUUCCCCAAGACCUGAAGAAGUAAUCAAGCCUGUACCAUCGCCGCCUCAAGAAGGAAUCAACCUGGAACCUAAAGAAACACCGAGUCCAGCACCUCAGGCCGGAAUCAGGCCUAGACCCGUUGAAAGAACAUAUACAAGUCCUGAAGAAGGAAAUUCCCCGAGACCGGCAGAAGCUUCCAAAUCUGGACCAGAUCCUGACGAAGGAAUCGACUCUGAACCUAAAGAACGAAUGAGCCCAGAACCAGAAGCGGGGAUGAGGCCUGGACCGAGCGAAAGAACAAAUCCACCUGAAGAAGGUGAAGCUGAAAACAGAGCAGGUCCACCUGAAGUAGUCGGAAUUGCGCCUGGACCUGAUGUUGGAGAUAAACCAUUAAACUUGAAUAAAGGAUCAAGUUCAACAAGCGUGCCUCCAGAAAUGGAGACACAUCUGCAACCCUUGUAUGGAUUGGAAUCCUGGCCUUAG